AUGAUGUCCAUGAACAGCAAGCAGCCUCACUUUGCCAUGCAUCCCACCCUCCCUGAGCACAAGUACCCGUCACUGCACUCCAGCUCCGAGGCCAUCCGGCGGGCCUGCCUGCCCACGCCGCCGCUACAGAGCAACCUCUUCGCCAGCCUAGACGAAACGCUGCUGGCGCGGGCCGAGGCGCUGGCGGCGGUGGACAUCGCCGUGUCCCAGGGCAAGAGCCACCCGUUCAAGCCGGACGCCACGUACCACACGAUGAACAGCGUGCCAUGCACGUCCACGUCCACCGUGCCGCUGGCGCACCACCACCACCACCACCAUCACCACCAGGCGCUCGAGCCCGGUGACCUGCUGGACCACAUCUCGUCGCCCUCGCUCGCGCUCAUGGCCGGCGCGGGCGGCGCGGGCGCAGCGGGCGGCGGCGGCGGCGCCCACGACGGCCCGGGGGGCGGAGGCGGCCCGGGGGGCGGCGGCGGCCCAGGCGGUGGCGGCCCCGGGGGCGGCGGCGGCCCGGGCGGCGGCGGCCCGGGGGGCGGCGGCGGGGGCCCGGGCGGCGGGCUGCUGGGCGGCUCGGCGCAUCCGCAUCCGCACAUGCACGGCCUGGGCCACCUGUCGCACCCGGCGGCGGCGGCCGCCAUGAACAUGCCGUCGGGGCUGCCGCACCCCGGGCUGGUGGCGGCGGCGGCGCACCACGGCGCGGCAGCGGCGGCGGCGGCGGCGGCGGCGGCCGGGCAGGUGGCGGCGGCGUCGGCGGCGGCGGCCGUGGUGGGCGCGGCGGGCCUGGCGUCCAUCUGCGACUCGGACACGGACCCGCGCGAGCUCGAGGCGUUCGCCGAGCGCUUCAAGCAGCGGCGCAUCAAGCUGGGUGUGACGCAGGCCGACGUGGGCUCGGCGCUGGCCAACCUCAAGAUCCCGGGCGUGGGCUCGCUCAGCCAGAGCACCAUCUGCAGGUUCGAGUCGCUUACGCUCUCGCACAACAACAUGAUUGCGCUCAAGCCCAUCCUGCAGGCGUGGCUGGAGGAAGCCGAGGGCGCGCAGCGCGAGAAAAUGAACAAGCCCGAGCUCUUCAACGGUGGCGAGAAGAAGCGCAAGCGGACUUCCAUCGCCGCGCCCGAGAAGCGCUCGCUCGAGGCCUACUUCGCCGUACAGCCCCGGCCCUCGUCCGAGAAGAUCGCCGCCAUCGCCGAGAAACUGGACCUCAAAAAGAACGUGGUGCGGGUGUGGUUUUGCAACCAGAGACAGAAGCAGAAGCGGAUGAAAUUCUCCGCCACUUACUGA